GUCUAUUUGUUUGUUAGCGUUUGAAGAGGUAUGUAGUGCGUCAAUCUAAAUCUAACGUUUAACUUAGUGAAAUCCAUUUCUAUAUUUUUUCUUGAAUGAAAAAGGUUGUCCAAUUAAUGUGGAAGACUCAACAACUCUAUUAUACUGAACGUAUGUUGGAUAAUCUUUCUGUGGACAUAUUUGGAUAGUGGAAUGAAAAGUGGAAUAUAAGAGAAAGAACAUGCUCAUCAUGAAGAAGUUUUCAGCAUUCAGGUUUUCAGAAUGUGGUGGAACAUUGACUAUGCAUAUGCUGAAAUUAAUGAUUUCAAUAGGGUUAGUUUUCAUUGUGUUAUGUGAUGUGUUUGGAGCUGUUAUGGGUGAGAAGUCAGAAGAAGAAAAAUUUAACAUACACAGUCCUGAUUCACAACUAGACCCUGAAAAUGCAGUGAAAUUUGAUUAUCCAGAUGGAUUAAAUGAGAAAGGUGGUGAUUUUAAAAAGCCAAGCAAAUUUUUGGAUAAAUUUGGAAAGUCUGGAGAACUAAAUUUUGUCCAUGCCUUUGUAGCAUCAGUUUCAGUGAUUGUUGUUUCUGAAUUGGGAGAUAAAACCUUUUUCAUUGCUGCUAUUAUGGCAAUGCGUCAUCCUCGACUCACAGUAUUUUUGGGUGCCAUAACGGCACUAAUUGUUAUGACUGUUCUUUCAGCAUGUCUUGGAUUUGCUACAACCAUCAUCCCUAGAACAUAUACCCACUAUAUAUCUACAGCACUGUUUGCCCUCUUUGGUUUGAAGAUGUUAAAAGAAGGUUAUUUAAUGUCUCAUAAUGAAGGCAAAGAAGAAUAUGAAGAAGUACAAAAUGUAUUAAACAAAAAGGACAGUGAGUUUGACAAAACUGUCCAAAUUCAAGAUAUUGAAACAGGAGUGAUAAGUAAUGGACCUAUUAAAACAAUACGAAGAAGGCUGAUGGUUUUCCUGUCACGUAUUUUUCUACAGUCUUUCACUAUGACAUUUCUAGCAGAGUGGGGGGACCGGUCUCAGUUAACAACAAUUAUUCUUGCUGCUCGAGAGAAUGCUAUUGGUGUAACUGUUGGUGCUGCUGUUGGACAUGCCAUAUGUACCCUGUUAGCUGUUCUAGGUGGAAGAAUUGUUGCCCAAAGAAUAUCUGUACGAACAGUGACAUUGGUUGGAGGGUGUGUCUUCCUAGCUUUUGCUGUUUCAGCUCUAGUCAUUGGUCCAGGAUCUUAAUGUACAAUCAAAAUAGUGCAACAAUUGUGGCUUUUCAGUCAAUAACACAUACAUAUGAAAGUUCACACCAAAACAAUAGUGAUGUUUUAACCCUUCCUUCAAGAAAUUGUUUGUUUAGUUUGAAGUCUGAGUUUUCUUCUACUUACAGUAUGUAGGGGAAAAAUUCUACAGUAUAUCUUAUUUUACUGUCAAUCACCAUAUAGUUUUGAUUUAUAAGUUAUUGAAAUAUUUUCAAACUUCGUGUGGUAAACUUUAUCAACAGUUGUUUUUAGUUUGGGCCAGCACAAUUUUUGAACCUUUUAGUUUCAACAUUUAAUGAAAACUUAAUAGAUUAUAAAUUUUUCCUUGUUCACUUUGUAGGGGAAACAUGCUGUUACUUAAAAGGUUGAAAAAAAAAAUGUUUUUGCUUAGUGAGGGGUUGUGUUGAAAGGUUUUUUUUUUUAUAGUUUGAGAAUGAAUUUUGGAGUUGGUGAAUAUUUUUUCUAUAACUGUUACAGGUUAUGAACUGCAUUGUAUAGUAUUACAUCUUAAGUUCAGUUCCUGAUUUUAUGUUUUUGACUUGUUUAAGAAACAGGUAAUCUUUAUUUCCUUCAUUGUGAUAAUAUUUAUGAAGUUAGAAGCUUGUUAAGGACCAAGUUGUAAAAGUGUUGAUCACAUAACUUCUUUAUAAUGUGAAACAUAGACAAGUUCAGGCUUUUAUUCCCUCUUAAAAUUAUACAGAGCUAGGAAUAUAGAGUACAGGAAAUGUAUAUUGUACAGCUUGGGGAUAUUCUUUAUUAACAAGUUAAAAACUGUAAAGUAUGGGGAAUGUAUUCCUAAAUGCUGAGCAGUUUCAUGUUGGUUGAAAUCUUACAAUAUGGUACAUAUUUUAACUAAACAUAUAGGCAUAUUUUUAUAUUGUUCUGGUUAUUAUAUGUGUCCUAAAUUUUCUUAGCUAAUUUCUGCUCUGGUGUUUUUUCUGUACAUUUUAAGAAAACAGGAACUAUAAAUUAACUUGGUUUGGUGGUCAUUACAGUAGUACACCUUUAUUGAUUCAGGAUUUGUCAUGUAUUAUUAAAAAGGUGAAUAGAUUUCAAGCCUGAUAAAACCUAUAAAUGUCAUUUUCUGUUCCUGUUAACUCUAUUCAUCCAUACCAUUUUUUGAUAAUUAUGUUUUU